CCCCGCCAAAUAGUCCUAGACCGGGCUGCACCUACUUAGAUAGGCACAACUACCCUAACCUACCGUAGUACCAAAGACAGGCGCCUCAGCGACGUCACUCUCAUUCUUCCCACUGCACCCGACUGACGGACAGGACAUCAACGCGAGUUGGACAGCAGCUCUGCACGCUGGCUGCGGUCACGCAUGUUUGGAGACCAUGGAAUCAAUAUCUAGAAUCUCCGACCUGCUCGAGAGCGGUAAGAGCAGAAAUAUCGACGGCACACCAGAUUUCAUCCGCUGACCUGCUGCUCCUAGCUCGGGAGCUCACUCUCGAUGCCGCCCAGGCUGCUCGGAGCACCCGUGUCACAACAAGGUCGCUGCCUACCGCCCAACUUAAGAAGCUCCUCGAUAGUCGAAAUGAUCGGGAGAUCUUGGAGGGACUACGGCGUGUCAUCGCGAUGAUGUACCGCCAGCAGCGAACUCUUCCAUUCUUUUCUUCAGUCGUCAAGAAUGUCGCCUCGCCGAAUAUAGAAAUAAAAAAACUAGUUUAUAUAUACCUAAUUCAUCAUGCCGAACAAGAGCCCGAUCUGGCUCUGCUAUCCAUCAAUACCAUACAGAAAUCCUUGUCGGAUACGAACCCUCAAGUGCGUGCUCUAGCUCUGCGCACCAUGUCUGGCAUACGGGUUCCUGUCAUAAGUCAGAUCGUAUCCUUAGCGAUCAAGAAAGGGGCCGGAGAUAUGUCGCCACAUGUACGCAAGGCCGCUGCCCUCGCCAUCCCUAAAUGCUAUCGCCUCGAACCCAAUACCCUCCCACAAUUACUGGAUUACCUGGCAGCGCUUCUUGGCGACAAGCAGUACUUCGUCGCUGGCGCAGCUGUCACUUCCUUUAUGGAAAUAUGUCCCGAGCGGAUAGAUUUGAUCCACCCGCAUUAUAGGAGCCUUGUCAAGAAGAUUGUUGACAUGGACGAAUGGAGCCAGUUCGCAAUACUGAGAAUGAUGACAUUAUACGCACGCAAGUGCUUCCCACGGCGGACAAGAAACGCUAAAUCCAAGGACGUUGCGGUUGAUCUCCAGGAUUUCUACGGCGAGGAUGGAUCGCGAGACGAGACGGAAGCAGAGGGCGAACAGUUUGUAGUUCUUGAUCCCGAUUUAGCCCUCCUCCUAAACGGAAUCAAACCAUUACUACAAAGUCGAAACUCCGGGGUUGUCAUAGCUGUAGCACGAUGCUAUGCGGAAAUUGGUACAUCCGAAUAUAUAAAGACAGCCAUCGGUCCCUUGGUCGCUUUAUUGCGAGGGGCUCAGGAUAUCGAACAAAUUGCACUUUACAAUAUUGUGUCUGUGUGUCUGGCGCACCCGGCUCCAUUCGUCAAGUAUGCGUCUCAUUUUCUCGUUCGUGCUACUGACACAGCCCCAGUAUGGGAGCUCAAACUCGAGGUUCUUACCUUGAUAUUUCCUCAUAGCCCACCGCAAACAAAAAGCCUGAUUCUCAACGAGCUAGAGCACUUCUCUCGGGGGACCAAUAAGGCACUAGUCCGUGAAGCUGUUCGUGCUAUUGGCCGUUGCGCUCAGGGAGAUCCAGCUACAGCACCCCGUUGCAUGCGGUUGCUUUUGGGACAGAUAACAAGUCUCGACGGCACCCUCGCCGCAGAGUCGCUGACCGUUAUCCGCCACCUUAUACAGCUAGACCCCGAGGCGCACAUGGGAACGGUUGUAAGGUUAGCAAAGAACUUGGACUCCGCCACAGAUCCACAAGCCCGCGCGACAAUCAUCUGGCUUGUGGGUGAAUUCUCUGGGCUGAAUGGCGAGGACAAUAUCGCAGCAGACGUCCUGCGAAUAUUGCUCAAGGAUUUCGUCAACGAGUCGGAAGUCGCUAAGCGACAGAUCGUCCUGCUUGCUGCGAAGGUAUAUCUUCAUCAUAUCAAUCGAGAGGCAGAAAAGCAGACACAGGCAGAACUCACACCACAGAAAGAAAACAACGAGGAACCUGUUUCCCCUGGCUUCGCCCCUGCUACAGACCACCCCAUAUCAAAGCUGUGGGACUACGUAUUGUUGUUAGUUCGCUACGAUACCUCAUACGACUUACGCGAUCGUGCUCGACUUUAUAAGGCACUUCUCGCGGUUCCUCAGCUUGCCAGUCUUAUGCUACUAGCCCCGAAACCCGCUCCUCAAGCGCCAAGUCCCUCCGAGACACGUAAAGGAUUACUGUUAGGCUCGUCUGCGCUUGUCCUCGCCGGCGGUGGUGCCAUUCACGGUCUACGAGGCUACGUAGCCCUCCCAGACUGGGUACAGGAGGGCCAUGAGCCGGACCCGAGGCUACGGGUGCAAGACAACAUUGGGGCAGAAUAUACUCCCGAAGGCCGCAGAGCAGUUCCCGCAAUCGAGACGCUCGGUGAUGCUGGAAGAGGUAAGAGUAAUGGGCUCUUUGGAGCGGGCGCGGGCGCUGGUGUCGGGCUUGGGUCUAUGACGUUGGAUGAGUUCCUCGCUGAAGAUGAAGAUGAAGAGGCAGAGGAAGAGGAAGAGGAGACAGAAGAUGAAGACGAAGAAGACGGAGAGGAAGAAGCAGAGGAUGACGGAGAUGACUAUGCAAGCGAAGAUGAAGACGAGGACGAAGACGAAGAUACCGAGCAUGAAGAAGACGACGAGAAAGCGGAACUCGAAGGGUUUCUCGGUUCUUGAAUACCCAGGCGUAUAAUACCUACCCUCCAGUGUACCUCAAGCGUCCACCUACUUCGAACAUAGAUAUACAUAAGGGCAGCGGGUACCUUGGUGCAAAAUUGCAAAGUGGGCGUAUAGAUGAGCUUCGGUGGCUCGUAUAUCAAACUUGAUACAUGUUCUCAUCGAGAAUAAAUAACAAGGAAACAAACACCAUCUCGUAAACGGCCAGCGAGUGAUACGGACAUUAGCUCUUCUAUUACAAUUACCAAUAUCCGUGUAGAGUAUCACGAAA